CUCUCCCACAGAACCCCGGCCAUGAUUGGCUGCUCAUUCGUGGUCAAUAGGAAGUUUUUUGGUGAAAUUGGUCUUCUGGACCCUGGCAUGGAUGUGUACGGAGGAGAAAAUAUCGAACUUGGAAUCAAGGUGUGGCUCUGCGGGGGCAGCAUGGAGGUCCUUCCUUGCUCACGGGUGGCCCACAUUGAGCGGAAGAAGAAGCCCUACAAUAGCAACAUCGGUUUCUACACCAAGAGGAAUGCUCUCCGGGUUGCAGAGGUCUGGAUGGACGAUUACAAGUCUCACGUGUACAUAGCGUGGAACCUGCCGCUGGAGAAUCCAGGAAUUGACAUAGGCGAUGUCUCCGAAAGAAGAGCAUUAAGAAAAAGUUUAAAAUGUAAGAAUUUCCAGUGGUACCUGGAUCACGUUUAUCCAGAAAUGAGAAGAUACAAUAACACCAUUGCAUACGGGGAGCUUCGCAACAACAAGGCAAAAGAUGUCUGUUUGGACCAGGGGCCGCUGGAGAACCACACAGCAAUAUUGUACCCAUGCCACGGCUGGGGACCGCAGCUUGCGCGCUACACCAAGGAAGGCUUCCUGCACUUGGGCGCCCUGGGGACCACCACACUUCUCCCUGAUACCCGCUGCCUGGUAGACAACUCCAAGAGUCGGCUGCCCCAGCUCCUUGACUGCGACAAGGUCAAGAGCAGUCUGUACAAGCGCUGGAACUUCAUCCAGAAUGGAGCCAUCAUGAAUAAAGGCACAGGGCGCUGCCUGGAGGUGGAGAACCGUGGCCUGGCCGGCAUCGACCUCAUUCUCCGUAGCUGCACGGGACAGAGGUGGACCAUAAAGAAUUCCAUCAAGUAGAGAGAAGGAGCUGGGGCAUCCGGAGCCUGGACCCCAGGACAUAGCUGGUCCAUCCAUCUUCUGGACCAGUCACACUGGUGGGGAGACAACAAGAGGCCAACAGGUGCUCAGUGGGCCUCCCAGGGUUUCUCCAGGGCAGCAUGGGGGGCCCAGGCGGAGACUUUCUGUCCCCCUCAGGCAUUCAGCUGCCCACAAGGCUCAUGCACCCUGGAAAAGCCCUCUGCCCCCUCUCUGGGAAACCAGGAGCUGUGUCUUCUGCAGCCCCAGAUGUGGACCUGGUACUGAGGAGUGAGACUGUCCAUGUCUCCUCCUCCUCAUCACCCAUCCCAGUAUCAGGAUCUGGGACUGGCAGGGUACCCCCCUGCGUCUCAUCUUUUGCUGCAGCUUCUGAAUUCCACCCCAGCCAUCAGCACAGUGGGAGGCAGCGAGGCCUUCUGCCACAUCCUAGCUUCCCCUCCUCAGAGGAGGUUGCAAGGCACUGGGGCUCAGUUUCCUCUGAUAUUGCUUCUGCCCUUUAACAUCCCAAGGCAGCCGCCACCCCAAACCUUCCCACCAAGGUGGCUUUGGAGACCCCGGCUCUGGACUUUGCUGGACCCUCCUUGGGGUGACCUGGAAAGAGCUAAUGCCUUGUCUCCUAGUCAACUGAGCACCAGGGUCCUGUCGACAAGUUUGGGUCAGCCUCCUUGCCUGUGCCUGGAGAAAGCCAGAGACAGAAAUAGGUUGUGUAUACAGGAUGGUCCCAGCUGCGAGGGCCCCACGGGGUGGAGCUAGGUGGCAGACCAGGGGCCCCUGACUCUCAGAGGCUGCCCCCAGGAGCCGCAGGAAGCCUUCAUCUAGAACUUACGGGCUGAGGCUGGCACAGCACAGGGCACUGGGACUCUGGAAGAUGCUGUGCACUCACCUCAUUUCAUCCACACUCUGCUGGUUGGCAGGGAACAAGGCAGUCGUUCCUCUCUUAAGAGUAAUAAUUUUUUCCGAUUGCCCUCUGGUUAGGGUGCACUUAUAAAUCAGAGUUAAUAUAUGGACGUGUGUGCAUGCACAUGAGUGAGUGUGUGUGUGUGUGUGUGCCCGUGUGCUGCGUGUAGCUGGGUGUGUGCGUGUGUGUUUGGCAUGUGUGUCUGAGCGUGUGGCCUUGGGCUUGCCACUUCAUGGCUCGCCUGGGUGGGGACAUGGCUGCUAGAACGUGUGGGGUUGGCCCCGUGUCACUGGCCGGGAGGACAUGGCUCGCCCUGCCCCAUGGGGUGUCCCAGACAGAAGGCUGUCCCCCCUGCCAGUCUCCAUAUCUCCCCCGUGCUGUCCCUGGCCAGCCCCAGCCCAGAGCCAAACCUUGUAUUUGCCCUGUUGCCCAGUGUGGGAUUCACAGUGUCUCAUUUGGUGGCAUCUUAUUGGUGAUCAAUCCUCACCCUAUCUCCCACCUUGUGAAAUAAAUACAUGCUAGCACUUCCCAAA